ACAAAAUGGCCGAUCUUAAGUGGAAAUUUAUGUUUGCAUUUCUCUGUCACUUUUCUGUGAAUGGCGUUGCCUUAUUUACCAUGGAAGGAUCCACGAUAGACUACUAUCUAGUUACCCCAUCAACAAACGCAACAAUGAUGGUAGGCAUAUGCAGCUAUGGUAAAACGUCGAAUUUUACGCUGUAUAGAGUUGAGCUCGGCGAAGUAAGACAAUUUCACGAACACAAUGAGUUGUCUCCCUACAGUUGUUGUUCAAGUUAUGUCAAUCUGACGAAGAGACGUGAAUAUGCUCUACUGAUGAGUGUGAAUCAUGUUAGCGUGACAGUGUUGAUUAUAUUGGGGCCUUUCAAAGAAUCGUAUAUGGCUCUUCCGGUCGAUCAAUGGGUCACCGAGUACUUUGUUGUCAAAAAGAGAGUUGGAGGAUUUAUUCUCAUCAUCUCUGAAAGAUCGCUAACGAUAAGGAUAGGCGAUUUUAAAACGCCCUGGGGCCAAAUACGUCCAUUGCAAUUAAAAAGACUAGAAAUGCAUCGGUUAGGAGGCUGCGAUGAAACUCUGGAGCGAAAAAUUGACUCGGCCUUUGACGAGAUUGAGAUUCAUGCAAAUGGCAAACUGACGGCUGUAACUGGCAGCUGUCCUGAUACAAAAUUACAUAGAAAUCUGGCAAUAGAGUCUGUUUUACCGCAGGCGCCAGAAGCAGCAGCGUAUGAAUACUUGACUUUCUGUUUACUGGGCUUCUCCUGUUUCGCCACUGUAUUAUCUCCCUACAGUGCACCGUUUGUUACCGUUGAUUACAGAAGUCUAAUAUCUACUACGUACUUUCAGAAAACAAAAAAGAUGUAUAAGCUGAAACAAUGUAACAUAAAAAUUACAAGUACUAAGUUCUUGCAAGUGACUGUUUACUUUCAACGUCCGAAUCAGUUCAUCUACUCAAUACAGUCAAUGUCCAGCGUCAUUCCUGUCUCUUUGUUCACGUCUGAGUACGUCUUUGCAAAACCUAAGGGAUAUCCUUGUCAUACUGUAGUUGUCACAGCUCCAGUUGGCGUCAAUAGUUUCUACAUCAAUGAUCGGCACAUCUCUUGCGACAUUGUAUCCCUGGAUAUUCUCUUUCAAAACUGGCAUAUAAUGAGCUGGAAUUUAUCCUCGGAAAUAUCCUACAAUGUUUCCCAAGAUGUAGUCCACGUGAGGACAGCGGAAGGAGAACCGUUUGGUUGUUACGUCAUGGGGUCGGACAUAUCCACCAGCUUCACUUCACCCCUCGGUCCGCUUACAUUUAAUAAUCUCGUAUCUAAUGAUACAGACGCAUUGAAAGUGGCUGCUAUAAAUACCUCUGUUGAGAUUGUCUGCCCAACUGCACAAAAAAUAUCACCCGGCUGUGAGGGCGCCCAAUCAACUCUGCCUCCCAGCUGCAAUGUGACGCUGAACAUGACCAGAGGCGACACCUGGGACAAUGAUUGCGAUGGGUUAAUUGACGAGGAGAUGAAAAACGACCAAGAUGAUGACGGAGACGGGUUCAGUGACGAAGACCUGAGCAAAGAAACAGAAAACGGCUGUCUUCCUGGUUGGUUUGGUACGAAGUGUGACAAAAUGUGUCGUUGUGAGAACCUCCAAUGCUUACCAAAUGGAUUCUGCAAAGAAAAUAUUACGUGUCAGCCCGACUAUUUCGGAACUCAGUGUCAAUACAAAGAUGCUGUAGUAUCGUCUUGGGUAAGCCAAGAAGAAAUGAAGCGCAGAGGUCCAACAAAAUGUCAAUCAAGUUUUAUCGCCGUUAGUCCUCUGUCCUUGACAUUCGACACGCACUUCCGGUUUACCUGGCUUCAAAUAGAAGGCGUGAGCAAAGAAAGUCUUGAGGACCUGGAGAUAGAAUUCGGACGUGUGAACAAGAAGCCGUGCUACACAGGGCCUUGUUUCAACCGAAGAGACAUCUUUGUACAGAACACGACGCUAAUCGUGCUUUGCACUGUCACCUCCUACGUCUGCCGGUUGAAGAUCUCGUUCGCUAAGGACGACCGGAAGAGACAUCUAUGUUCAGUCUACGUCAGUAAAGGGCGUAAUGUCGCACUACGAAAACCAGCUACAAUGUCUAGUCUCAAUUUUGACGCCAGCGGCCGUUUUAGUCGCCCUUUCUUCGCUGUAGACGGAAGGAGGAGACCAGACUGUGCCACCACUGAGCUAGAUGAUGCAGAGUCUUCCUGGCAACUGGUAUUUCCAUCAAUUAUGACAAUUCAUGAGUUAGUGAUAAUUUUUAAUGUUGUGCACUCAGAGUACUACACGGUGAAGUUUCUUAGUGAGCGCGGUGAAGUCGUGUAUAACACCACCUCGAAACUAACGAACAGGUCAUCUCUGAUUCCACACACCCAGGCAUUCGUCAAAAGUAUUGAGAUCUCCUUGAGAAAUACACAAGUUCCACUUUCCAUUUGCGAGUUUGAAGCUUACGGCGAGUGUGCUCCUCCUCUCUACGGCCCUGAAUGCACAGAAAUCUGCAGCAUCACCUGCGAAGACCAGGUCUGCACUUACGACGGCUACUGCAACCAGUGCCCUAAAGGCACAGGCGGCACGCACUGCUUCGAAGGGUGCCUCUCCUGGUGUGGGGACGACGAGGAUUACGACGACGACAGAUACGCCCCUUCAACGAACAGCAGCUACCUGCCGUACCACACCCAGACGGGCUUCCGGGUGGAGAACUUCUGGUUCUACGUCAUGAUGCUCUCCUUGAUGGGGUGUAUUAUAUGGAUCAGUGAUGUGCAAACUCCCGCCAAAAAGCCGACGCUCAUGCAAAAGCCUAGGCCUGAAGCGUUGACUCCACCAGAAUGUGGUAAAUAA